AGUAGUUUCUGCAGGGGAGUUGCAGGCUGCAGGGGAAGUCCGACGACAAAAUCAUAUUUCUCCAUGCUUUUUAACAACUUCUAACUACACCAGAACAGUCGGUGACACUUUCGAAGACAACCAUGGCCAAUAUUUCAACAAUUUACAAGCUAUCGUUUCUAGCCUUUACUUACUUCAUACACGGUAAAAUUGUCGACUUUUCUUACUGUAUUUCCUUUCAACUCUCCAGCAUCUGUGUAGCUUUUUUGUUUUUUAAAUAUUGAGGAAUAUUGAACAUGUUUAAUAUGUGAUACAAUUUGAAACAACUGCUGCUCUGUAUCUACUUCAACUGUAUUCACCUGUGAUACUUUGUUACUUUGUAGCUUAGACAUUUAGAUCAUUGUGUGAAAUGACAGCCACACAUAAACAAGCAUACAUCAUAUAUGCAUUCAUACGCAUGCAAUUGUAUUUUUAUUUAUUACAGGUCAAUAAUAGAGAUUUACAGUAAUAGAGUAAACUUAGAGUAUUUUUGUUUUCACUGUCUGAAUACUAAGCAUCUCUAUUUGGUCUUUUGAUUGCCUUUUCAUAUCCAUUCUUACUAAGCUAAUAUACAGUAGUUUACAUCUUCUCAGCUAUCCACAUUGCUGGUCUCACAUAUUAUUAACACAACAUAUUAAUACAACUUUCUCAUGCUUCUCUCUUCCAGUCUAUGGGACAAGCUGUCCAGUUCUGGAGUGCUGGUUUGUCCAGGAGAAACCAGGUCGAGGUGGGGGAUUCCCUGCUGCAAUGAUGCAGGAGAAGUCACUACUGUAUAUCAAUACAGACCCAGAGAGUGAAGAAACCAAGUCACAGCAGGGACCAUCUGCAGACAUCAACCAUGAUAGAGUCUACUACAUCACUGGUCAGUACUUAUCAUUAUACAUUAAAUAGGACAAUCUCUAGAAACUAUGACAGAUUUGAGUGACAAACCAGUGGCUGAUAAAGGUGCAGUCAGUCAAUUUGGUGUUACAGCCCAACAAUUCGCCAUCUUCUAACACCAAGCCUCUAAUUUAAAUUAUACAAGACUACAAGAGUGUUGUCAUUUUAGGCAGAGCUUUUCAGAAAAAUACAUUUUAUUUAAUUGAAAGGAUAACUUCUAUAGACAAAUCUCCCCCUCUCUCUCAUCAGACCCAGCAGCCACCCUCUGCAGUUCCUCUCUGCACCCACCAGAGGGCUCAGUCCAUAAGCCACAGUGCGAGAUCAACCCCUUCAUGCCCCAACCCUCCACCGUCCAAUGGGCAGUCCCACUCACUGACUCUGCCCACAGUCCUAUCUACCUACAAGCUGACUGGUACUCUGCCGCCUUGCAGGGCCUUGACAGACAGCUGGGCCUGUCCAGUGUCAUGCGUGCUCCCACGGCAACCAAGGAACCCGCUGGUAAAAAGCCCUAUGAUUGAAAAGGAAUGACAUUCUUCUUGAGCAAGGGUUGUAAAAGUCAGACAGAUUGUUGUAUUUAACCAUUACAAGUGAUAAAGAUGGACUUCUAAUCAAAAUUGCAUACAGUUACCAACACCACAGUGAUAAUGACUUAUUAUUAACCGUAAUUGAAAUGAAUUUGUCAUACGCCAUGAAGAAAGAAGUAUAAAAACCAGUGAUGUUUAUUACUACGUAAUGUCACAGAUAAAGUAGUGUAAAAGUGUAAUGUCUCUCUCCUACCCCUCUCUCUCUCCCAGUGGUGCUCAGUGUGUCCAGUAGAACGCCCUUGGUCCGUUCCAGACUCGGGGAACCGGUGGUUCUAGACUGUGGGUUCUGGAUGGAGGACACUUCUCCUCUCUCUGUCUCUGGCUUCGCUGUGGAGUGGCGCUACCAGUUCAGGGGCGAUGGCCGUCUGGUCCUGGCCUACGACGGUAAGAGUGACCGAUUUGCCGAGACCCAGGAAGAGGGAGCGGGGCUAGACUUCACGGCUCUGCACGAGACAGGAAAUGCAUCACUGAUCCUGCAGGAAGCUCAAGUGCGCCACACAGGAACCUACAUCUGUACGGUGUACUUGCCCUAUCUCCUGGCUCAGGUGGCUGUGGAGCUGGAGAUUGUAGGUGAGGAGAGAUGAAUAUGCUUGAUUAGUCUGCCAAUACUAAAGCAUUACAAUGUUUGUUUUAGAACUGUUUGGUAGAAUCUCAACCCCUAUGUAUUUACAUGUAUAGUAUAUUCACUGAAAUAACUACUGUAACUCCAUAUACUGUACAUUCUUAUAAUGGUAUGUCAUGGUCAACUAAAUGACAUUAGAAUACAUGCCAUACGUGUGUAUCAUCCUCUCUUACCUCAUUCUCUCACUCCUAUUUCUCCCUCUAUCUCUCCCAGAGCCGCCGUCCCUCUCCAUCUUCCCCUCCCCACUCCCUCUCUCCGUGCCUGGACAGGUGGUGAAGGUGCAAUGCGAGGCGUCAGGAUUCUCCCCCCUCUCCCUGGAGUUCCACUGGGAGUUAACAGGGCUGGACGGUAGGGUCAGGCCCCUGGGUCAGGGCAGCGUGACAGGCCACAGGCAGGGCCCAGACAACACCUACAGCCAGACCACUCGUCUGGAGUUAGACUCAGCCAAGCUGGACCUUGGCCGUGGAGGGAAGGUCACCUGUGUGGCCGUCCACCCUGGAGGCACCCGGCGGGCCAGCGUCACCCUCAAUGUCAUUGGUGAGAGAUCAUUUAAUAGAACUGCAUUGAGUUGAUGGAUGUUGCCCCUGGGUCCACUGAUUCAGAGCCAGAAAUUUAUAUCCCUGUAAAGGUAAAGGUUAGGAUUGGGGUAAGGUAAUCUGUGGUUAGGGGCAAUACAUGGGUCCAUAUAGCAGUGUCUCUAGGCCUACCAGUAUAAUUUCUGAUAUGCAGUUACAUUGAUCUGAAAAGCCAAAUAAAUUGGACUUGACACAACACAACUUAUCCUGAGUAUGUCUUAAAUUUACUCCCUAUCUCCUCACCCCAAUCAGGUGUAAGUGGUCCCUCUAUUGAGGACUCUAUGGCGAUGGUUGCCGUGGCCCUGGGGCUCUAUGGUUUGAUCAAGAUCGUCUCCUGGACAUUUAGCUCUGGUAACUACAAUCGGUUUGAACUAAGAUACACAAAGAAAUAUGUUGAAGCCAUAAAGUUACUGUUUCCAUCUAAAGAAUGAAUUUGGAUCUUGUGUGUCAAUCUAAUGCUUGACCUUUUCUUGCCUUUAUAGGGUCCGAUGAUACUAACUCACAAGAGAAGGUAAUUGCGCUUUCGUUAAUGUUGUCAGACAUAUUUUGUAGUUAAAUGUAACUACUGUGUAUCUAUGUAUAUUUCCCAGCUAACACUGUCUUGCCCAAAUUUGUUUUAUCUCAAGCUGUACCCCUCUAGUUAAAACUCCAGCCCCUGGAUUACUAUGUAAUAUGAUUACAUUAUGUUUUAUGUAUUAGUACAUUUUGAAUUAGGUCCUUGGAUUUCUCCCAUUGUCUGUUUUGUUAGUUUAUACACAUUGGGCUCAUCCUUAUCCUCUCUCAAUUACAGAAAGUGAAGUAAAUGUGUAAACACCUGGGAUUCCCAGGUGAGUGUGUAAUGGAACCAACAAAGCUGGAAUUUCAGGAAUAUAAGUGUACCGUUUGUGGAAGGUGGUACAUGGAAAGAAGAUAUUGAGUUUCUGACCGCAGUUGAAAAUGAAUGAUCUAACAAGGGGUCAGGGGAGAAAAAUAUUUUAAUAGGCGACUGAUUUAAAUAUUGACAUUACAACUGUGAAUUCAUCUCUAGAAGAACUCAAGAGCGUGUGUAAAAAGAUUGUGUGUACAUGUGGAUGUAGAUCAUUUUGUGUUUUGUGAUUGAACCCUGUCAUUAUUAGUUUUUUUAUGGAUUCUGAAGGUGAAUAUAAGACAAAAUCUUUUAAAUUGGAAUAUCAUUUUUUUUUUCAUCAGAAAAUUAGUAAUUCCCUGGAGUGUGUUUAUAUAUUGUUUUCAUUUUGUUUUGUUUUGGGUAAUAUUUAAUUUGAUCUUGCCUUGUAUAGACGGUAUAGGCUACAGUGAAUUGUUGUUUUGUUAUUGAUGUUCCUACCACCAUAUCAGAACUGUUAGAUUAGUGUAUUUGCCAGGAAUGAGCAACAAUUUUGAGCAAAUGAGGACUAUUUGUGAUGGGAUGUAAUAAAUUCUUCAUCUUCAAAACA